GAGUGCUGAGAUUAAAGGAGCGCACCACCACCGCCCAGCAUCAGAGUAGUUUUAAUUUGCAUUUCUCUAACCACUAAAGACAUUAUUUUUAUAUUCAUUUGAGAACUACUCACAGUUCCUUCACACAUUUUAUUUAUUUAUUUAUUUUUAAGGUAGCGUCUUUUUGUGUAGUCCUGACUGCCCUAGAACUUGCUCUGUAGACUACUCUGACCUCGCACUCAUAGAAAUCCUCCUGCCUCUGUUUAAAGGUGUGUCUAUGUGCGGAUAUAUGCUUGUGAAUGCAGAUACCCACAGAAGCUAGAGAGUGUCAGAUUUCCUGGAGCUGGAGUUAUAGGCUGUUGUGAGCUGCCUGAUGUGGGUACUGGAAAUCAAAUUCCAGUCCUCUGCAAGAGCAAUAUGUGCUCUUAACUGCCAAGCCAUGUCUAUAGCCUCUCCUUAGUGUAUAUUUCUUGAUUGGGUUUAUUUUCUUGUUGUUUAGUUGUUGCUCUUAAUAUAUUAUAGAUAUUAAUACUGUCAUAUAUAUAUCACAAAAUUUUUCUCCUUUUCUGUAGAUCGUCUCUUCUUUCAAUUAACUGUUUUCUUUACUAUAAAGAAGCUUUUUAAUUUCAGGAGGUUCUAUUUGUUAAUUGGUUCUAUAUUUGAACAACUGGAGUUAUACUCAGAAAAAGUGUAUUUUAUCUACUUUUUCCCUUAGCAGUUCCAGUUCUUACAUUAAGGUCUUUGAGCACUUUGAAGUUGGCUUGUGUUGAGAGAGAUGGGCCUAGUUUCAUUGUUCAGCUUUCCCCAGCACCUUCUGUUAGAGACUCCAACACAUUUAAUCAAACCAGGCACCAAAAUGCUGACAUUGCUUCCUGGAGAGAGAAAAUGUGAUAUUUCUUUUACUCAAAGAAGAAGCACUCGGCAGACCAGUAUUGCAUCCUUUGUCACCUUGCAACCAGGAAUGGCAAAUGGUGGGAACCAGAAGAACAUUUUAACUCUUAAAGAAAAUCAGAUCAACAAAGAAUGCAAGAGAACCCAGAGAUUGGGGGAUUGCUUGGUAUCACCUUUGGCCACAUCAGCUCCUGCAGACAUCCAGGAAGCUGGACAUUCUCCAUCUCCCCAGUUUUCUAGCUGCCACAGUUUGGAAACACCGUCUUUGACGACAACAUCUUCAUCCCAACCUGACAUCCUGAUGGAUGCUGGACUAAGUAAAGCCUCCCUGAAUUCUUCCUUUACCCAGGACAUGGAUGGUUAUUGUUUGCUGGACCAAAGAGAGGCCAGGAAGAAAAGGGAAUGGCUUCAUGGACCUAAGACAAAAUGUCCAGGCAUGGGAAGCCACAUUAGACCGUCUGGGAGUAAAUGCUAUCAGCCCUUGGACAAAGCUGAACUGGGAGAAAAAGGGACUGCCAAGGAAAACAGGCAGGCCCCUGUGCAUCUUCCAACUUACAGAUUAGAAUCCUGGAGUAGCAAAAAACCGCUGUCAGUGGCAAAAAGCCCUCUUCUUUCUGUGUUUCCCUGGGAUAGUGAAAGGAAUGAGAGGGACUCCUGGAGUCAGCUUUUCACUGAGGAUUCCCAAGGCCAGCAGGUCAUUGCCCACAACACUAAAAUGCCUUUGCAAGAUAUAACCAAUGAUAGGAGUCAAGGCUCAGGGCCAUUUCUGGACAGCCCUCAGGCUCUGUGCCAAGAAGAGCCUACUCUGUUACAGCUGCAGCCAAACCUGCUCUUUACCCAGGACUCUGAAGAUAUGUUCUUUUUACCUCUGGCUGGACCACUCAAGCAAGAGCUUGGGACCAUUAUUCCCAACUACAUUUUAAGAGAUGUCUUCCUCCCUAACCCAGGUGUGUGGAGCUGGUGGGAGGGCAAAUAAUCCUUUUUUCUUUUUAAUGGUUAACUAUAUACAUUGUUGACCUGGAACUAGAGCGAUGGCUCAGCUGUUGAGCAUUUGCUACCUCUGUAGAAGACCCAGGUUCAGUUCCCAGCAUCCACAUGACCUCUGCAGGCACUGGGCACACAUGAAAUCAGUUAAAAACAAGUUGUUUGCUGUAUCUUCCCAUCCCCAAAUCUGAGCUUUGUAAUAACCUAGCUUUUUUAUUACACCCCCCCACCCACCGGAAGAAGGUUCCUUUCGGAAAACUGAAGCUGGAUCUAGUGAUAAUUCAAAAAGUAACUUUUAGCUGGGUAUGACAACUUAGAAGACAGGAUUUCCAUGAGUUCAAGGCCAACUCACAACCAUGUAGGGAAUACUCAACCAGCCUGAGCUAGAAUGACACUGUGGUUUGAAAGAAAAUGGCCGCAAAGGGAGUGACACUAUUAGGAGGUAUGGCGUUGUUGGGGUAGAUGUGGUCUUAUUGGAGGAAGUGUAACUGUGGGGGUGGGCUAUGAGGUUUCUAUGGAAAGGAGGACAAAACCCUUUAGAAUAAAAUGUCUGGGUGUUUUCUCUGUUUACCUCACGUGAGCCUGGUACCUAUGAGACCAGAAGAGUGUCAGAUCCCUGUGGGACCGGAGGAACAAAUGACUGAACAGCCAUGUGGUGCUGGGAAUUCAACCUGGUUCUCCGAAGAGCAACCAAUGAUCUUGACCUCUGGGUCAUUUCUUCAGCCCCAGGAAACUUCCUCCUAAUGCAGUGGUUCUCAAUAUGUGGGUCACGACCCCUUUGGGUUCGUGUAUCAGGUAUCCUGCAUAUCAGAUCUUUACAUUAUGAUUCAUAACAGUACCAAACUUACAGUAUAGAGUAGCAACAGAAUAAUUUUAUGAUGGGGGGGGUUCACCACAACAUGAAGAACUGUAUUAAAGGGACACAACAUUAGGAAGGUUGAGAACCACUGUCCUGACGGCAAGAAAGUAAGUCAGGAGCCUGUUUAAGAAAGCUCAUAUACCUUACAAUUAACAGGAGUCCUCUCCAAAGGCCACUGUGGUCAAAACUCGGUGAUAAAGAAAAUGCACCAUUUCUCCAAAUCCUUCAUUUAAUAUCAGGUAGUACUUCAACUCAGACACGCAGUAUUCAUAGAGAAAAGGGCCCUGAGGGCACCUGAGUCAUGCAUGAUGCAGAAAAUAAAAUCUUGGCCCAACCCAGAGAAAUCAGUUAUUGUCCUAGAAGGAUAGUAUGCACUUUUCUCUCCCCAAUUCUCCUUCCCAGACUUAAGUCCAUGGAAGAAAAUAAUUUCACUCAGUAAAACUGCUGAGGCCCUGGAGGGUAGAUCUGGUUGUAGUUUUAUAAAAUAUGUUUAAGAAAAAAUAGCCCAGGCCUCCCUGCAGCAGCCAACUAUUGGCUGGUCCAGUGGCCUGAGUGCCAUAGCUAGAGGAAAAGGUGACUGCUGGGCACUGGUGUGGGUUCUGAUGGAGCAGCAUAAGUUCGUCCCUGUGAACGUGAAUGUGAACAUGAACAUAAACAGCCACUCCCCCUUAACCUUGUGGUGCUGCAAGGAAGCUGCUGAAUGACAGCUGUGCACAAAGUGUCCAGUAGACCAAUUAUGGAGUCUAAUGCAGUGAACGGAGUCAUUCAUUUAGGGCCUAUUUUCACGCA